GGCAAGAUCCGGGGUAGAAUCACACAGUGUUAUUGAACAUGCACAAUACUGAAGAAACAAGCGAUCGAGCCAGCAUUGACAAUGAUGGUACAAGUCUGUUCAAGUCAAACGAGAAAGCAAGGAAAUCGCAAACAGGAUAUGAAUGGAGGAAUGGAGCAUCCAUUUGCCUACAUGCUGCUGCAGCGAUCCUAGUUUUAAAUAUCCUUCUCACUAUUAUUGCCGCGUCGCGAGCCCAACAAUCUUCUCGGUCUUUUGAAGCAGAAACAAUCUUCGAGGGGAGUUGUGCCAAGGCCAAACGCUGGUCCACAGGAUUCCAUAUCCUGAUCAAUGUACUUGGUACCAUUCUUCUUGGUGCGAGUAAUUACUGCAUGCAAUGUUUGAAUGCGCCCUCGCGUAAGGAUGUCGACCGCGUUCAUGCCCACGGCAAGUGGUUGGAUAUAGGCACUCCGAGCGUUACGAAUUUGAGGGUCAUGAGUUGGGUGCAAAUCAUCAUCUGGUGUCUACUUGUUCUGACUUCUCUACCGUUUCAUGUUCUCUACAACGCGGCUGUUUUCUCUGCACUGUCUUCAAAUGCCUAUGGUAUAGUUGUGGUCCCCCCAGAUGGGCGUAUCGGAUCGGCGAACUCAACCACUGGAGCCUGCUACAAGGGUCUGAUGGGGAAAGACGUUGGACAAGUUCAGACGAUGUACCAGGAAAAAGAACUCGAGUUCUUAAGCAAAGAAGACUGCAUCAAGACCUAUGGAGUAGCAUUUCUGUCCAAUCGACGAACCCUUCUUCUCGUGACUAACAACAAUUCAGUCAGCUCACCAGGUUUACUUGUUGGUAUUGGCAGCCUUCCAGCCCCGGUAAACGAUAAUCAAAACCCGUUUGAUUGGAUGUGCAGUGGACCCAGGAGUGACUUGCAUGGUGACUUCGGUUCAGGGACGACGCAGUGUCUUCAAUCUGCUCUUCUCAAACAUGUCAAUGACUGGUCAGUAAGCGCCGAGCCCUUCAGCUACAGCGAUAUUGUCGUCACUGGGACCGACUUUGCGUUUACCGGAUGGAACUAUACCGAGCUGCAAUAUUCAUCUUCACCACCGCUGGAUAUCAUGGCCCUGGGAGCAUUUCUGAGAUCGAAGGCUCCUUUCAAUACCGUCAAUGAUACCUUGGGAUUCAUACAGAGUCAGAGCUGGAAUAACCCAUCGUUUGAGUCCCAGCUCAACGUGUACAUGUCUGACUCUCUCUGUGCGACUUACAGUCGCACCCUGCCAGUCUUAUCCCCACAGUAUUAUUCGGUAGACUACUGCUUAAGUGAGAAGGUAGAGGAGCGCUGCCGAGUCAUGUACAGUCCAGCGAUUUGUCUACUGGUGAUCGUGUGCAACGCCAUCAAGGUAGUUUGCAUUCUAUUCACUAUCCGACUGCGCCGCAAGGAACUGUUAUUCACUGUUGGCGAUGCCAUCGCAUCAUUCAUGGAAUAUCCCGAUCGAACCACACUUGGCAGAUGCUGGGUAGACCGAAAAAAGGCAAAGUGUCUUGUAUGCCUCACAUUCGGAGGAGCCAUCGUCACAGCCAUUGCAUACAACAGUGUUGUAAACUACCUACCCAACGCCAGGAUCUCCACAGUCUGGAGCCUCGGCUUCUCCGAAGCACGUCCGGAGACAAUGCUCCGCUCCUUGGCCACAUACAACCUCCUCGCCAUGGUCGUUCUCUCCAAUACCCCGCAAGUCAUCCUCUCAUCCCUCUACUACCUAAUCAACGGUAUCCUAACCUGCAUGCUCGCAAGCGCGGAGUACACCAGCUACUCGGUGCGUCGACAAUAUCUCCGAGUAUCCUGGCCGGAGGGCCAACAACGCUCCACGUAUUUCCUCAGUCUGCCAUAUGCAUUCAGCAUCCCCACCAUGGCGAUCUCAGCUAUACUGCACUGGCUCCUGUCAGAGAGCAUAUUCUAUGUUCGAAUCUAUCAAUACGACGCAGCCGGGACUCUAGAUGAAACCAAUACAAUAUCCACCUGCGGUAUAUCGCCCAUCGCAAUGAUAUUCACCCUUUCACUCGCAGGCUUGGCGCUGGUUAUACUAGCGGGACUAGCGUUCAAACGGUUCCCGCCUCGAAUGCCUCUUGCCGGAAACUGUAGUCUGGCGAUCAGCGCUGCCUGUCAUCCUCCGUUGGGUGAUGAGGAUGCAGCCCUGAAGCCGUUGAUGUGGGGGGAGGUUGUCAUCUCUGGCGCUUCAGGCAAGCAAGCUAAGGUUACCAAACACCACAAGAAGAAGAAGAAGAAGAAGAAGGGAUUGAUUGGAAAUCUGCAACGGAAGAUGGUGUAUAUCAAAUUGGCACGUCCAGGUUUCCAGGAAAACCUCUCGUCCUUGUGCUAUUAG